AAAUACAUUGGAUAGUAUACCAAAAGGUAAGUAGACAAAAAAAGUGAGACGGAGUGGAGUAUGUAGGGGUAAAAGGACUUAUAAACCUUUUAUUAAUUUACUUUAAAGUUUUAUACUCCGUAAUCAUCAUCCCAUCCCAAUCUCCAUGCUCCCAUGGCCAUGUCUACCCUUCUCUCCCUCGCUCCCAACCCUCUAACACCCAUAGCCAAUUCCAUUUCAGAACCCAUCGUCUCUCCAAAACCCAACUCCCUCUCAAGAAGGUUUCUGUUCUUCACGAGCUCCGUUUCGCUGAGCUCUUUUCUCUACUUGCCCCUUCAACACCCGCUUCCAGUAUCCUCUGCCGAGGCACCACCUCCACCCCAGUCUUCAUCAUCAUCCUCUAAUUCUUUUCUAUCAGGCAUUGCCAACACCAAGUCUUGGUUCCAGCUCUUCGGUGAUGGCUUUUCCAUUCGGAUUCCGCCUCAUUUUGAAGACACCAUAGAGUCUGAGAAAGUCAAUGCUGGGUUGCUGCUGUACGGUGAUAAAGCAAAACCAAAGACUUUUGCUGCACGUUAUGCAUCUCCUGAUGGAUCUGAAGUUGUUAGCGUUGUGAUUCGCCCAGCUAAUCAACUCAAGAUUACCUUCUUGGAGGCCCAAGACAUAGGUGACUUAGGUUCAUUGAAGCAGGUAGCUAAGAUAUUUGUUCCAGGUGGAGCUACUCUCUAUUCUGCCCACUCAAUCAAAAUAAGGGAAGAUGAAGGUUAUAGGACCUAUUAUUUCUAUGAGUAUGGACAAGAUGAAAGGCACAUUGCACUUGUAGCAGCCGUUAAUGGCGGAAAGGCAUUCAUUGUCGGAGCAACAGCCCCAGAGGAUAGAUGGAACGAUGAUGGCAUCAAACUUCGAUCCGCUGCUGUGUCAUUCACGGUUCUAUGAUCAUAUGAACGAAAGAGAGAUUUUCAAAAGUGAUGAGAAAAGAGAUGUCUUAACAAUAAUGAUACUGGGAGAGAAUUCCCUGUUAUGCAUCACCUACUGAGAGACUUCAAAUCAUCCUUUAUAAAACAAAGAGCAGAAAAAUGUGCUUAACUCUUAUAAAAUCAUCCUCAUAAUAGCUAUCAGAUUUCUUACGGCCUGCGUUCAGAUUCACUCUAAUUUUGCAGCUGCUUAAUAGUAUUGGUCUUAGCUGUCCAUUUCAAAUGAUCUGAGCCUCAACUAUGAAGCAGCAUAAAACCUACAUAGCCAAAAAAACCACAUAGACUUGGAUGAAUUGCCAAGUGUUUUCAAUCAAUUCUUCAUGAACAUGGUAACCAUAAAUUUGCAUGAGAUGU